UUUCGCAGCCCGCCAGAACAGAGCUCGGCACCCUGCUCGCCCAGCCCCACGCCCGCGGAGGAUGCUGAGCCGGCAUGGCCCGCUCCGCCGCAGCCCUGGCACUGUGUGUGGCACUGCUCCUCGCCCGGCCGACGGACGGUGAGAAGCUGGAGAGCCCCACGCACGUGCGCUUUGUGGCGGAGAUAGCCCAUCACCUGCUGCGGUGGGAGCCGGGACGCAGCCCCCCCAGUGACGUUUGCUACGAAGUGGAGCACAAAGUCUACGGCACCAAUUUCUCCUGGACAGCCAUCCCAAGCUGCAUGAAGAUCUCGGGGCACUCCUGCGACCUCACAUACUACACUCUGGACCCUGACCUGCGCUACUACGCACGAGUCAGGGCUGUGUCCAGAAACCACACGUCCCCGUGGCAAAGGACCAACUCUUUCUCCCCGCAAGAUGCCAGCCUGCGCCUGUCGGGCCAGAGCCUCUCUGUAACGGGCAACACCAUCCACGUGCAGCUCCAGCUGCUCCUCAGGGUGGGCAACCUCACCGUGAAGUACGAUGACAUACAGAAGCACACGAGGCGGUACCGGGUGUAUGUCAGGAGGGCGCAGGACAAUCGGACGUAUGAAGUGGUGGAGACCACCCCAGCGUUCAACGUCACCAACCUCUUCUGGGGCACGGAGUACUGCAUCAGCGUGGAGCCCGACGUGGCCAGCCGCCGCACCCGCGCCACGCGCACUGACGAGCAGUGCGUCACCAUCGGCGAGAGAGACAGGAGCGCAGAGCUUGUCCUGAGCAUCGUCAGCUCCUCCUUCAUCACCCUCUUGCUCUUCGGCCUCCUGGGGUUUCUGCUGGCAUGCACCUACAUAAAGAAACCCAUGAGGCCACCGUCCGUCCUGAAGUCUUUCAUAAAGCAGAGCUCGCUCUGGGUGGAGCAGGAGCCCUCGUCCUCGAGCAGCCCAGAUGCAGAUCCUGUCCAGCAGCUCUUCCUGUGCCAGAAGGAGCCCCAGCAGGACAGCAGCCCUGCCGGCAGCGCUGGCACAGCCCAGCUGGCCCUGGAGAAGGGCUGGAGGCUCCCAGCGUGGCCUGAGGACCGGGUGUGCCUGCUGGGGCUGGGGGUCGUGGGGCGAGGAGACAGCAGCUGCACCAGCACCGACAGCGGCAUUUGCCUGCACACCUCCUCCUCCGAACUGAGCUGCUCCACAGGCCCCGAGCCCCAGGGCUACAAGCAGCAGCUGCCCACCGGCGACGACAGCGGCGUGGGCUUGGAGAGCACCCGCCCUCGCCCCACGGGCUCCUCCGGCAGCGGGAACGCCAGCCCCACGGAGGCCGGGCAGCCCCACAGAGCGGAGCUCAGCCUCCGGCUCCCUGACGCCGGCCAGGUCAGCCAGCAAGCCGUGGAGUUCCGUGGGUACGUGCAGCAGUCCAAGGGCACGGUGGAGCCGAGGCAGGACCCUGCCCAAGGGGUGUCCUUCUUGGGGUGUGCGGGAUCCCUGCAGGGCCCGGGCAACACUGACAUCCUGCUGGAUUUAGAGUGCUCUGAGCUGGCUGUGGUCAAAGGGUAUCUGAAGCAGUCUUCUCCCGAGCACCCCCGCAGCCAUGCACAGGACCUUGCUCCAUGGGGGGUCUCUCGGGAGCCCACUGCCUGGGACUGUUCCAGCCAGGUGGGGCCCCAAGCCCCAACUCUGCUGAGCUAUGGGGCUCCGGGUGCUCCCGUGGACGCCAAAGCCAGCCCCAAGCUCCUGAAACCUCCCUUGGACCUGAGCAUCUUCAACACUGACCUCCUGGAGACGCUGCCUCUCGUCUCCAGCCUCAGCACCAACAAGUGGCUCAUGGUGCAAAUCAACCCCCUGAGCCUGCUCAACGUGGACAGCAAGGACAGCCGCCUGUGAGCCGUCCCCGUGCCGGGGAGCGGGUGCCCACCGGCCCCGCACGCUGACCCAACUACCUCUUCUAGCCACUGCCCAUGGGGAGCAGCUACUCUGAUAAGCUACCGCCGACUCCUGAAUGUUAACGCAUCGAACUAAGCGGUGCCUCGGCUGAGACUUGCCUGAGAAGCACCAGUUUAGCUAUUUCUGGGGCUGCUUGGGCCGCGGUUCGGCUGCGGCCAGCCCCCAGAGCGCUCUGCACCGUCCCUCCAGCCGGUAUCCAGUGCAAAGAGGCGAGGGGCUGCGCUGGAGGGGCUCACCCCCGCCCCCUCUGACCACCUAGCCCGAGGAUACACACCAGGAUGUUUCCAAAGGGCAAUCCUACCUUGUCUGCCCUCCCCAGCAGCCCAGCGUGGGGCAUGCAGCCCCUGGGCUCAGGGCCACCCUCGGGGUUGGGGCUGACGCUAGCCCUUCGCUUCCCCUCCCCACUUCCCCCUUCUCCAGGGGAACUCUGGGCUCCUCCAGCUGACGUCCACGCCACUGAUGCCAUCCAAACCUUUCACAACAGACACGGAAAGCGAAGAGCAACCUGACGUCAGCCGUCCUGCUCCCACCCUGGCUCACCUCACUUGGAGGGAGUGAGGGACUUUCCUGACCCUACAGAGACCCUUCAGCAUUCAGCCUCUGUGGCAGAGGCCGGGGUGCUGGCUACCUCCGACGGGGUGCAGGAUGUGUGCAGCAGCUGCCAUACGAACCCACCACGAGCCAGGGCAGACCUGCCCAUGCUAUGCUCCAUGUUCUGCCACUAUUGUGUACAGACGUUAUUUAUUCUAUUUAAUUUGUAAAUACAGAAAGGAUGUGGUGUUA